AUGCUGUCACAGGUAAUAUCUGCUAGUCGAUUGUACCAAAUAGUGGCCUCACCGACAAGUGAUAAUGAAGCCAAACUCAGAUCGAUCAACGAACUUAAAACGCAUGUCAAGAAAGAUUUCGUUGAUAUUAACCAGGUUCCGAAGUAUGUUGAAGCAUUAUCUAUAGCUGUUGAUAUUUCGGAUACUGGAAUUCUGACAAACAGCUUUAGCGUAUUGUCACAUUUGGUAAAAAGAGUAAGUAUGCAAGAUUCCAGUGGGGAAGUGCUAAAGAGCCAGAGUUACUUGGUAUUGCCGAUUAUAAUUAAUAGAUUAGGUGAUUCAAAGGCUGGUGCUCGAAACUCCGCAAAGAAGGCAUUAGAGGCAUACUGGUUUUCGGCACCUAAGGAAGUAGAAGAAUCGAUAAUGAAUAUGGCGCUAAGUCACAAGAAUGUUAAGGUGAUAAACGAGUCGAUUAUUUGGCUUGAUCAUAUAAUUACCAACGUGAAUCCUCACUUUAAGAUAAACCUUUUUCUUCCCCAUAUUGUGAAGUUAUUACGUCUCUACAAUGGAAGCGAUGAAAUCUUAAUAGAGAAUAUCAGGACGUUGUUUAAAGAUUACUACUCUUUAAAGCACAAUAGAUUGUAUAAAUUUGACUUAUCUAAAGAAUUUGAGACCCAGAAAAUUCCUUCCAGUUUGCAUGAAUCUAUAAUAAGUCAAAUAGGUACCAGUUCAUCUAACCUAAUGAAACAGACCACUACAGACCCAGGUCUAGAUCAGAACUUUAUUCUGGCAGGAACCACUCGUGUUACAGUAAACCUGAUAGGAAGAGAUAAGAGCACUAGCCUGAGUAACUCCCUGAUACCUGCAUCACUUUCAUCGUCUACCAUGUCCAGACCAAAGUCAAGAACGAAUUUCCACAAUUAUACAAAGUCGAUACUGCCUUCUCAAGAGGACGAACAUAUGACAAAGACUUCAACACACACAAACUCUGCAUUUACUAAAUAUAACUCAAACCAAAUGCUGGCACCACCUAAGCCAGUGGCUAAAACCAAGGAUCAUUCUAAUGAAAUAAAGGCUGAAAUAAGUCCCGAAAUUGAAAAAAUAAUAGCCAAGACCUUCACGUACAAAAUUGAUUCAUCUAUUCCACUGCUAGAUUUCAAAGGAGUCGACGAAUUUUAUGGAACUGUGAAUGAUUUGCUUACCGCAUUUGAAGGGAAAGAAACCGAAUUUAACUGGGGAAUGAGAGAAAAAAACAUUGUAAAAUUGAGAUCUAUUAUAAGGGGAAAUGCUAACACCGUUUUUCUUAAUGAGCUUAUUGGAUACCUCAAAGAGUACUCAGAGAGUAUCUGUAAAGCAGUCACUUCACUACGUACAACAUUAUCUUCGCAUGGCUGCCAUCUUCUUAAAGAAUGUGCUGUGAUUUUCAAGGAACAUUUCGAACCAUUGGUAGAUUCAUAUGUUCCAUACUUAAUGAAGUUGUGCUCUGCAACUAAACACAUUGCUUCUUCAAAUGCCAACAUGGCAUUAUGUGCCAUAUUUAUCAAUGUACCGUAUAAUUAUAGAUUACUUCAGAAGAUUUUAGUGUCUGCAAAUGAAAAAAAUAUCCAACCCAGGUCUUACAGUGGUAUUUGGUUACAGAUAGUUUUGGUUAGGUUCAAUGAUAGUUCAAGUUUCUCAUCUCAUGGAGCAAAUUCUAUUUCUGGUGUAGAUACCAGCAUUAAGGUAUUGACUAAGCUUCUAGCAGACCCAAAUCCUAAUGUGAGACAAGUUGCUAAGGAUACAUAUUGGUGUUUCUGGGACAAAUUUCCAUCUGAAGCCGAGUCUUUAUUGACCAGAUUGGAUUCCAAUGUGGUCAAGGCUAUUGAAAGAUCCAAGCCAAGAACUGUCACUUCUAGAAAUCAGCCAUCAACUUUAUCAUCACUCACGGCCAAAAAGCCAAGACCAUCUAUCAAGGAAUCUAUUAUUGCUAGAAACAAAGAGCUAAGAAAUAAACAAAAGGAUCAAUCGUCUAUAUCUAGACCAUCAUCAAGAGUCAAUUCAACCUCAUCACCUGGUCCUCUGGAUAAUGAUCAUUCACAGAAGCAUGAAAAACUGCAGUUUUCUACUCUAGACAAUGGAAAACUUAGUAGGUUAGGCGUUGCUAAAAGAACUUCAUCUACAUCUUCGCUUUCGAGAAUAGAGUCAAACCAAGAUGCAUUAUCCAGAAAGGUUUCUGAGUCAAUAAACUCAACAAAUAAAAGAUAUAAUGAUGCUCAAAUUAAAAUUACAGAAGAUCAAUUACAGAAUGGUGAGAGAAUUGGCAACACAUCGUUAGCUGAUGGAAACCCGUCAAAUCGAACAAAUAUAGUACAAACUAACAGUUUGGAUUCUUUUGAUAAGCAAAGCGAUCCCAUUUUAAAGUUUUUGUCCUCGUAUCAAAAAGAAUUCAUUGCUGAAGGAAUAAACUUAUUAAAGUAUGCAAUCAUGGGUGAAGAAGACUUAUCGUCUGAAGUAAAUGGGUUGUUGAAAAAGAUUUCAGUGAGAAAUCAAGACCUAUUAAAGCCUCUAUUUUUGGGUACUGAUAAUUUAUUUAAGAAAACGUAUCAAUUUUUUCAAUACGAAGACUUUUUCCGAGUUUGUUGUAUCUUGAUCCAUCCAAUGGACAAAAGACUCGUGGAUAUGAUUGUGUCAAUUGCUGCUGUGGAUGAUAUUUAUGAAUCAGCAAUUAAAUUAAUCUCCUAUACCACAAAUCUCGGUAACAUCAUUGAUGACAGUGAUUUAACUAUGCAGAUUAUUAGAUACAAAUCUAUCAUUGUUCGUCUGAUUAUCGAAUUUUUGAACCAAGGUUUAGAUAAAAUCCCUAUAAGUGAUAGUCAUUUCCUGAAGCUUGUUACUAAUUUGUUUGAAUUGGUUAGCCUUGUCAAAUCUACUGGACUUUAUAAAUCAUUUUGCGAGUUGUUAGCAAAGUUAUAUUCUAUAAACCCCACUCUAUUUACUUCUGAAUUACAAAUGAUAGCUUCUUCCACACGGGAAGAAGUUGAAUAUGUUGUUGGUAUCGAUGAUAUUUUGGACCUUAACCAAGGGCAUUCCAAUACUUUUGCAACAUUGUACGAGCUAACUAGAGUUGUGCCAGGAAAUAAUCUAGGAGAUAUAUCACCCCUCAAAGCGCCCUCUGACUUGACAAUGGUUGUACCAACCGUAACUCUUGAUAAAGAAUUUGAAAAUGACAGUGUUCCUAUGGAUUCUGGUGACCGAAAAGAUACUAUUAAUGAGAUAAGCUUCCAAACUGCAACAAACUUAGGUAACAAAGAGACAAGCUUAGUAAACUUGGAAUCUAGUUCCAUAAGUGGAACAGAUAAUAAAAUGCCAGAAAUUGAUGAAGAAGAUGCAAAUGAUGCCAUGGAUGUUGAUCAAAAUCCAGAUGAUAACAGUGUAUCGAAUAAUAAAAUGGAACAUCAAAACGACGAUUAUACAGUAAAAGAGAAAACUCCUAAUAGUUUUCUGGAUAACUUGCCAGUUAAUGAAUCUGAUAACAUUUUUGUUGAAGUAGACUCUGAUUUAAUUUCAAGGAAACCGGAUUUAUUUACCAAGUUCACUCAACAUGACAACUCUUCAGAAUUGGUAGAAAAUUUUGCUCAAGUACAAAUUACAGAAUUAUCUAAAAAUAAGCUUUGUAACUCGGAUCCCAUAAAAACUUUUAUAGACAAAGUUGAUCCAUUAAACAAAAUAUCGCUUAAAAAUAAGCCCAUUAGUAUUUAUGAAGAUGGAAGCUUCAAGGGCUCUCCACAAAAGGUUAAAGAUUACAGUUAUACAGAGCUCAAUUGGUUUAAUUUUCAAUUGGCAAAGCUUGCUGUGGAUAAUGCUGACGACCAAGAAGCAAAUUAUUCUAUUGAUGAAUUUAAAUCUCUUUGUAACACUUUGAGUUCCAAGAACAUUGAAGGGAAAGAGUUUGUAUCCCUAUUAAAUUAUUUGCAGAAUACAAAAAUUUUCAAUUCCGAGUUUUCAAGCUAUUUUCAUUCGCUGGGACAUUCUUUAAUUGAAGGCUCUUUAUGGAACUUCUUUGAUAAUCAUUCUAUUCUUUCGGUUGCAAAGAAAUUGAGUGGAUUAAUAUUGUUAAAACAACUACUUAUUAACAGGUUGCGUGUGAAUUUAGAAAGAUUGUGGAAUUUGCUUGUAGGAUUGAGUUCAGAGUCUAGAAAUUCAACGAAUGAAAUAUCUCUUGCCAUAAGUGAAGCUUUUGAUGAGAUGUUGGCUGGGCUUUUCAGUAGUGAAGUGAUUUUUGCAAGAAUUCUUACAACGUUGGAAGCUGCUAUCUUAGAAAGAGAAUGUUUUUCGUUAUCCUUCAUUUUAGACUGUCUUUCUAAAGUACUUAAUACCAAUGCGGUUUCCUUGUUAAUUGAUACAAAUUUGAUUUUGCGUAUUGAUAAUGCACUUGGCGGCUUCAUGAAUGAUGAAGAGGUUGAGAUCAGAAGAUCUGUAAUUCUGAGUUAUGGCAAAUUGUUGAAAGCAUCGAGAAUUUCUAACACUGUGAAAACUGACGAAGAUGACCAGUCUGAAUAUUCUGUAAUGGAUGAUAUCUUGAAGAGGUUGUCAAUACCACAGAAAAAGCUAAUCGAAUACUACAGUCAAUCAUAA